GCAGCUUCGUUCAUCUUAACAAUCAGCUGAGCGUUGAGAUAUCAUUGUGUGGAUGAUGCUUACCUGAGUUGUCACAGAAAAUAGCAUAGAUAAUAGUAAAGAUUGCUGUUUCGAAAAUGAAGAAGUUGAAAUUUGGUAACUUGUCAUCACCAAGGUAUACUAGAUCAAUGACAAAAAAUAUUGGUGAUAUUACACAACCGACAACAAAUAAGUCCACAUAUUUCUCCCACGAGUCAAGUGAAAAAGCGUCAAAGCAGGCCAAAAUCAUCUCUAAAAAACGCUCACCAAUUAAAGUUGAGUACGAAGAUGAACUGCAAACGAAACCUCAAACCAAAACAUUUCCAAGCACUGAAAACAUACAGCAAGGCUACAGUGGCUUACCAAUUAAAGCUGAACCAGAUGAAGUACUUGAAACAAAGUCUGAAAUAAAAUUAUUACCACCUGAAAUUGGCAUUACGUUUCCAAUCAAAACUGAGUAUAAUGAUUUUCCUGAGGGUAUUACAAUUGAUGUAAAACCAAAAAUCAUUAAUGGAUGGCACCCAAAGGAUUGGGAACUUAUGCUAUCAAAUAUCCAAGAAAUGCGAAAGGGUCAAACAGCCCCUGUAGAUGUUAUGGGGUGCCACAAAUGUUCCGAUCCACACGCCAGUGCAGUAGAUACUAGAUUCCAGGCCUUGCUUGCCUUGAUGUUGAGCAGCCAGACUAAAGAUCAAGUAACUUAUGCAGCAAUGCAAAGAUUAAAGAGCCAUGGUUGUACCGCUUCGAACAUUAUAAAUACAUCUGAUGAAGUACUAGGUCAAUUAAUUCAUCCGGUUGGUUUUUGGAAGAAAAAAGUUGUGUAUAUAAAGAAAACUGUAGAAAUCUUGCUGAGGGAAUAUGGAGGGGACAUUCCAAAGACGAUAGAAGAUUUGUGUAAGCUUCCCGGCGUGGGACCAAAAAUGGGUCACAUUUGUAUGCAAGUUGCAUGGGGUGAGGUUUCUGGCAUCGGGGUCGAUACUCAUGUUCAUCGAAUAUCUAACAGACUCGGUUGGGUUCGAAAACCAACUAAAGUACCUGAAGAAACACGAAUCGAGCUAGAAUCCUGGCUUCCUAAAGAAAGAUGGACAGACAUAAAUCACAUUUUGGUCGGUUUUGGCCAAGAAAUAUGUCAACCCUUGAGGCCCAAGUGCUCAGAGUGUUUGAACAAGAAUAUUUGUCCAUUCGGCAAGCAGAAUUCUGGUGGAAAUAGCCGAAAGAAAAAAUUACGUUGAAGAGCAUUUAAUAUAAUACUGAUAUUCGUUAAGUUCAAAUACGUUUCUUGAGAUCCUGGGUUUUUCUAGAUUAGUUAUUCAUCAAAAUCUUCAAAUGUUGAAUGAUCUAUUUUUGUACGUCUUCAUACUGUUGACAUUCUUUGUACAGUAUUAUUUUGACAUCAUCUUGUUUUGGUAUGAUUUUCCGUAAGAGGCUUUAACAUAAAGAUGGAGAACAGGGGCUGUUGAAAAAGCUAAUAAAAAAUAAGUCAUUAUCAACAAACUUGUUAUAAAUAGGAUUGUAUUUAUUAUCAAUUGCUCAUUCAUUCGAAUUAAAAAAAAAAAGAUUCAUUGAA